AUGUCAGCCAUUUGUAAUUUUAUAUCAAAUCCUGUUGUCUCACCUAUAGGUGCUCAUAACAAACAAGUCUGUAGCACAUGGGGUAACUACCACUUCAAGAAAUUUGAUGGAGAAAUUUUCCACCUACCAUCCACUUGCAAUUAUAUAAUGUGUGCAAUGUGUGGAAGCAGCUACGAGGACUUCAACAUUCAGUUGAGACGCCAAGUAGUAAAUGACCAACCGAUUAUCACUAACAUCACAAUGAAGUUGAACAGCACUGUUGUGGAGCUCACCAAAAACUCUGUCAAGGUGGAUGGAAGAGAGAUGAAUCUGCCAUUUAGCCACUCUGGUAUUCUUAUCUAUAAGAGUUCCUUCUAUGUCAAAGUCACUGCUAAACACGGACUGGUGGCCACGUGGAAUGAGGAUGACUCUUUCACUGUUGAAUUGGACAUGAUGCACCUAAAUAAGAUCUGCGGUCUUUGUGGAGACUUCAGUGGCAUCCAGUCACACAAUGAGUUCAUCAAAGAUGCUCGCAGCUCGACCGAUGUCUGCCAGAGAGGCAUCGUGCACCAGCACAUAGAAAGAGGCCACACUCUGUGUGGAGUGGGCACUCACCCCCAGGGGACACAGCUCGCCUUGGCGUACCAUGGCAUCAACUAUCCAACACCAGUUUGUGAGCAGCUGCUUUCAGGCCCGUCUUUCAGCAGUUGUAAGGACAUCGUACCCCUUGACUCCUUCAUCAAAGCCUGUGAAUUGGACAUGUGCUUCUGCACCAACAGGACCAGAUCCUUUUGUGUUUGCAGAACCAUCUCAGAAUACUCUCGCCAGUGCAUCCAGGCAGGUGGAAAGCCUGAUCCGUGGAUAAAGGAGCAGUUCUGUGACCAAUCUUGUCCUUACCACAAUAUGGUGUAUCAAGAAUGUGGAAACCCUUGUAUCAACACCUGUACAAACCCUGAUAGAAGUCAUAUUUGUAAGGACCAAUGCAUCGAUGGGUGUUUCUGUCCUGAAGGAUACCUGUUUGAUGACCUCAGUGAUAGAGGUUGUAUUACCAAGAAUCAGUGUCCCUGCAUCCACAAUGGAAAAAUAUAUGAACCUGGACAGACCUACAGAAGUAACUGUAAAGAAUGCACUUGUGUCGAUAAUCUAUGGAGCUGUGAAGACAGAGAUUGCCCAGGGACUUGCUCUGUCGAAGGUGGUUCCCAUAUUACCACUUACGAUGGGAGGACAUACAGUUUUCAUGGAGACUGUACUUACGUUCUUUCUAAGACCAGAGAAAAUGAGUUUACAGUUUUGGGGGAUCUGAUGAAAUGCGGUUUUACUGUCACUGAAACAUGUCUGAAGGCAGUAACAAUUUUUUUAUCAAAGAGGAACACAGUGUUCAGGAUCCAGUCUGAUGGAAAAGUGUUUGUUAAUAAAACGUAUUCACAGCUCCCUCUUUCCAUUGCUGAUGCGAUGAUUUUCAAACCCACCACAUUUUUCAUCAUCGUCCAGACAUCUUUUGGACUUGAGCUGGAGAUCCAGCUCAUACCAGUAAUGCAGGUUUACAUAAAAGUUGAUGUGACUUACAAGCAGAAAACAACUGGUUUGUGUGGGAACUUCAACAGUAUUCAAGCAGAUGACUUCAUAACUAUUAGUGGAUCUCCUGAAGCUACAGCAGUAGACUUUGCCAAUGGCUGGAAAGCACAAGCCAACUGCCCUGAUGUUAAAAACAGCUUUGAGGAUCCCUGCAGUCUCAGCUUAGAUAACGAGAGAUAUGCUAAGAAAUGGUGCUCUCUGCUGUCAGACCCUGAUGGGGUGUUUGCUCCAUGCCACAAAGAGAUCAGCCCUGAUAUCUAUGAAAUGAUCUGCAUGUAUGAUGCCUGUAAUUGUGAGAAAAGUGAAGACUGCAUGUGUGCUGUUUUGUCUUCAUACGUACACAACUGUGCUGCAAAAGGGAUCAAUCUGCCUCACUGGAGAAACAUUGCAUGCAGCAAAUUUUCAGCCAGCUGUCCCGACAAUAUGGUUUAUUCUUACAAUGUUCAAAACAACAGUCGUUCCUGCCGUUGCAACAGUGACCCAGACUUCACUUGUGGUGUCACAUUUGAGCCUGUAGAUGGGUGUAUCUGUGCAGAGGGAACGUUCCUUGAUGAAGAAGCAAAAUGUGUCCCUUUAUCUAGUUGUUUCUGCUACAGCAAAGGCACAGUGAUUCUCCCAGGAGAAGUUAUCAACAGGGAUGGAACCACGUGCACUUGCAAGGACGGGAAACUCAGUUGCACUGGAAAGAGAACUAGGCAACAAUCUUGUCCCCAACCUAUGGUGUUUUUUGACUGCACUAGUGCUGCUCCUGAAUCUACAGGAUCAGAGUGCCAAAAGAGCUGCAACACUUUAGAUAUGGCUUGUAUUAGCAGUGAGUGCAUCUCGGGCUGUAUGUGUCCGUCUGGACUGGUCUCAGAUGGUAUGGGUGGCUGCAUCAAAGAAGAUCUUUGUCCUUGCAUUCACAAUGGCAUUUUACACCAACCUGGAGAUACAAUCAAAGUGGACUGCAAUAGCUGUACUUGUAAGGACAGGAAAUGGGAAUGUACCACAAACCCGUGCCAUGGAACCUGCUUAGUUCAUGGAGAUGGCCAUUACAUUACAUUUGAUGGAAAGAGAUACACUUUCGAUGGAGAAUGUGAAUACACUUUAAUCACAGAUUAUUGCGGACAUGCCAAUGCCAAUGGUACUUUGCGAGUUCUCACUGAAAACAUACCAUGUGGAUCUACUGGCGCCACUUGCUCUAAGGCUGUCAGACUCUUCCUUGGGAACAAGGAGCUCAAAUUGACAGAUGGAGGUUAUCAGAUUUUUCACAGAGAUGAGGGAGUGGACAUUCCUUACCAAAUUUUGAUAAGAGGAAUUUACAUGGUCAUUGAGGCAAAUAAUGGACUAAUUGUCAUGUGGGACCAGAGGGCAAAUGUGUUAAUCAAACUCAGUCCAAACUUUAAGGGUGCUAUUUGUGGUCUUUGCGGGAACUUUGAUGGGAACGCAAACAACGACUUCAUGUUGAGAAGCCAGGAGGUGGUUAUUAAACCCUUGGACUUUGGAAACGAUUGGAAAGAGUCUGAUAGCUGUCCUGUUACUAUGGAAAUUAGAAAUCCCUGCUCAAAUAAUCCUUACAGGCAAUCAUGGGCUCAGAAAGAAUGUAGUAUCAUUAAGAGUGGAGUUUUUGCAACAUGCCAUUAUCAAGUGGAUCCCAAUCAUUUUUAUGAUGCUUGUGUGAGAGACUCGUGUGCUUGUGAUAGCGGUGGGGAUCAUGAGUGUUUGUGCACUGCUAUAGCAGCCUAUGCACAGGCCUGCAAUGAGGCUGGAGCCUGUGUUGCCUGGAGAACACCUAAAAUAUGCCCAUUGUUCUGUGAUUAUUACAAUGCUCCAGGGAAGUGUGAUUGGCAGUACAAACCUUGCGGAGCUCCUUGUCUGCAGACCUGCAGAAAUCCAACUGGGCAGUGCUCAAGUCAGAUACUAGCACUUGAAGGUUGUUACCCCAAAUGUCCCCCUGGACAUCCUUACUUUGAUGAGGAUACAAUGAAAUGUGUUAAAAAAGAGCAGUGUGGCUGUUAUGACAAAGAGGGGAAACAUUACAACGAUCAAGAGAUAGUUCCUUCAAAAGAGAACUGUCAAAUAUGCUAUUGCAAGUCCAUGGAGAUCGACUGCAAAUACAAUGCAACCGCUUGCACCUGCACAUUCAAAGGGAACAAAUAUAUGCAUGGAGACACAAUAUAUAAUACUACAGAUGGGCUUGGCAGCUGCAUGACAGCUGUCUGUGAGGAACGUGGAAUAAUUCAAAAGACUUCAUACCCUUGUCAAACAUCACAUUCAACAACGACCUAUACUUCACCAACUAUCUUUUCCAGUAAAAUAGCAGAGUCAACUUUGUCAGGAAUUACAGCCAAAUACACUACAGAAACUUUUCUAACAAAGACGGUAUUUUCAUUCACAACAUCUACCACUACUCCAAGCAUAACCACAACUCUAAAACCAACUACAACAUCCAAUUCAACUCCUUUUCCAAGUUUGUCAACUAGCAUGCCUAUACGACCAACAAUCCAAACCUCCUCCACUGUUACAAGUAAAUCAACAUCUCUGUCAACAAUAGCAUUUACUACAACUGCCUCAGCAUUUUCUCCAAAAUCCACAACAAAGACAACAACCACCCUUACUCCUGUUUACAGAAAUGUCAACACCAAGAGUCCAGAAUUCCCCCACUGGUACAAGCAUACCCACAACUCCAUCAACAAUUACAACACCUUCACCAGCGUUCUCAACCAGCAUGACAUCGCCACUGACUAA